AUGGCCGGCAAGCGCAACAAGAACAAUGACUUUGACGAUGUACACAAGGUCACUGUGCUGCAGCGGUUUGUCGGGGGGACAGUGGGUGGGAUGCUGCAGGCGUUAACCAGUCAUCCAUUCGACACCGUCAAGUCGCGUGUGCAGCGCGGGAUCUUCCCCGGCAUCGUCUCCUGCUGUCGUCAUACAUGGGCGAACGAAGGCUUUCAUGGCUUUUACCGCGGAUUGAGCCCCCCACUCGUUAUGGGUGGUGUGUACAAUUCCAUACUCUUUAGUCUGAACCAGUUCAUGACAAAUCUCUUGACGCCUGCGGGUUUCGAUCAUAAAGUCAAGCCUCCACUCUGGCGGACGGCCCUGUCGGCAUGGUUGACGGCGCCAAUUUACACUCUCUGCAUCACCCCGAUGGAGAAUGUAAAGGUGAGGUUGCAGCUGCAGCACAGCUCCCGGGCAACACCAGAUUUUACAGGCCCAAUCGGCUGUAUUCGCUGCAUCCUGGUGAGGGAGGGUCCGCUUGGGCUCCUUGCGGGGUACUUGCCAACGGCGCUCUCGCGCUUGGUGGGCCUCCCCUUUUACUUUUCAGGUUAUCAGUUGGCAAAGCAGCAGAUAGACAACUCCGCCUUCGGGGCAACCACCGCAGGGAAGAGUUUUGGGGUGGUGGUGAGCGGAUGUGUGGCGGGGGUGGUCUUUUGGUUGAGUAAUUACCCUUUUGACUUUGUGAAGACACAACUGCAAUCAGGCGGCACGAAGACCACAUUCUCAGAGGUAUUUGCCAGCACAUAUAAGACGGGCGGGGUGCGAGGGUUCUAUAGAGGACUCCCAGCUUGUCUUUUGCGUGCCAUUCCUGCCAACGCCUCUGUGUGGCUGGGCGUUGAGUGGACAACGAGGGCAAUGCGGAAUUACAACGUUUGA